UUGCUUUCCUCUCAGUCUGAGAGGCAACUGCUCUUUCUUUUUCUUUUCUUUGAUUGUUUUUUAAGUUUUUACUUCCUCUCCUGGGUCAGACAUCAUCAGGAGUCACUGCGGACUUGUUUCCCUUUCCUGGCGGUACUUUCUUUUAGUUAUUUUAAUUCCUGGGAAGUACCAUGCCGGUAGUUGGCGUAGCCUCCAAGCUCAGGCAGCCUUCCACGGUGAGCUGCAAGCCGGUGCAUACUGCUCUCCCCAUCCCCAGCGCGGUCAGGGCAGCCGCUUCUCAGGGCUACGUGGCCCGGCAGCAGGAGCUCAGGGCAGGUGAUGGCGCCCGGGGGCUCUCCUGCCAGCUGUCAAUCAAGUCCGAGAACCGGCAGCAGGAGAGGACACCUGAAGGGAAGUCCAGAGCCGAGACGGAGGAGAGCAAGAUCUGCAAGAUUUACACAGACUGGGCCAAUCACUAUCUGGCCAAGUCUGGCUGCCAGCGCCUCAUCAAGGACCUGAGCCAGGACGUCACCGAUGGAGUCCUGCUGGCCCAGAUCAUCCAGAUCAUAGCGAACGAGAAGGUGGAGGAUAUCAAUGGCAGCCCCAGGAGCCAGUCGCAAAUGAUCGAGAAUGUGGACGCCUGCCUCAGUUUCCUGGACGCCAGAGGAGUGAAUGUACAAGGGCUCUCAGCAGAAGAGAUCAGGAAUGGCAACUUAAAGAGCAUCCUGGGCCUCUUCUUCAUCCUGUCGCGCUACAAGCAGCAGCAGCAGCAGCAGCAGCAGUACUACCAGUCGCUGGUGGAGCUCAGCCAGCAGACCAGCAGCACCGCACCGUCCGCCAGCAGCCUCAAGACACAAGAGAUGCAGUCCAGUCUCACAGCACGAUAUGCAAGUCCUCCGGGCCACAGUGGAAUAGGGUCACCACAGAAGAAAAACACCAGGCUACCAGGCCCCUCCAGAGUACCUGCUGCAGGCAGCGGGGCCUCCAGGAGCCCCAGCUCGUCCAACCUCAACCGGCGCAGCCAGAGCUUCAACAGCAUCGACAAGAGCAAGCCUCUUCAGUAUGCCAGCGGCAACGACAGAGAAGCGGUGAGGGGUAUCCCAGUACCCGGCGGGAUGAAUGGGAGUGGUCUUGGUGGGACAGUUCCCACCAGCCUCAGCGGGCAGCAGCUGGCCUCUGCCAUCCCCUCACCCACUGCCGGCAAGUCCUGGCGCAGCAAGUCCAUGAACCUUAAGCACAGCGCCACUUCGUCCAUGUUGACGAGCCCCACGCACUCACCCUCACCCAGCCUGUCACCCAAGGCCUCUGAAGGCCUUCAGCCGCACGGAAGCGAUGGGUCCAAAGUCGGGUCAGCCGGCGGUGGUGGACCCCAGAGGUCCAUGCUGGAGAAGUUUCGCCUGAUUAACCCGAGAUCGGCUUCACGAGUGUCUCCGUCUGUGGCAGAGAUGGCUCUGCAGGAGGAGGAUGACCUGUCGGAGUACGGUGAGGAUGGAUUGACGCCUACAGGUUCGGUGUGCAGCAGCAGCAGUAGCAGUGCUACAGCCAAGCAAAUGUCUGCCAAAUCCUCUGCACCGUCCCUCACUGCACCAAGCAAGACUUCCUCGUGUUCCUCCCCCUCCACUUCAUUUUCAAAAGCGUCUGCCAAUGGCAGCAGGUCCAUGGCCUCGUCCAAAGACAGGGAGGACAAAAGCAGAUCUGGGAAAUCUUCCAAGGACAGCUCCCCAGCCAAAGAGGAGCGUGAGUCAUUUGCUGACCCCACCAAGAAGAGCUCCAAAAUUGCCAGCCUCAUCCCCAAAGGAGGGAAGCCUUCUUCUGGAAAGAAAGAUGGCGGUGCCUCCCCGGCUUCCAGUGGCAUCCCUAAGCCUGGACUAAAAGCUCCCUCCAGCUCGACGUCCAAGCCUCAGAGUCCGCCACAGAGCCAAAGCCAGGCUGCCUUAAACAGCAGCGGCAACAUGCGGGGUGGAGACGGGGACAGAGCCAAGCUGACGAAAGGAGGGCAGAGUGGGAGUUUCUAUAUCCAGCGUUCUAGUGUGGCCCCAGAGGGCAAAAGGACCAACAUGACCUCCUCCACCAGCACCUCAGCUCUGUCUGGGUCCAGUGGGAUGCUGGGAGGAGGAGGAGGAGGUUGCGGCGGAGGAGGCGGAGGCGGAGGAGGAGGAGGAGUAGCAGCGCUCGGAGGGAACGGAGUAGUUCAGCUUCCUCAGCAGCAACAUCACAACCACCCCAAUACUGCCACUGUGGCCCCCUUCAUGUACAGGACAUUCUCAGAAAAUGACUGCACCAUGGUGGCCCCAGCAGACCCCUGCCUCAGCCCCACCAAGGGAGAGUUGGUCUACAGCAAGACAGCCAAACAGUGCCUGGAGGAGAUAUCAGGAGAGGAUCCUGAGACAAGACGCAUGAGAACGGUGAAGAACAUCGCUGACCUGCGGCAGAACCUGGAAGAAACCAUGUCCAGUCUACGGGGGACACAGAUCAGCCACAGUACACUAGAGACAACCUUCGACACCACGGUAACUACUGAGGUCAAUGGGCGGAGUCUACCAGCCCUCACCACACGCUCCUCCCCCAUGGCCUGGCGUCUGGGCCAAUCACAAACCCCGCGUCUCCAGGCAGGCGACGCCCCCUCAAUGCCCAACAGCUAUGCUGCGCCCAGGGCUAGCACGACGAGCGCUGGCACCACCACAGGGCGCUACUCCGGGCACUCGGACCCCUCCAGGUUUGUGUACAACGCCCCCCUGAGGCGAGCAGCAGCAGGGGCGAAGGGGGCGGAGCAGGGGGAGAAGGGAGGAGGAGGGCUGGAAGGAGGGAAGCAGAUGGAGAUGGCAGGUUACAUGAGUGAUGGGGACCUCCUAGGGAGGAACGGCCGGAUGGAAGAGAUCACCAGCGGAUACCUAACAGACGGCGGCCUCCAUCUGUAUGCACGCAACGCAGGCCGAGCCUCAGACGGAGCUUCUUCUCGAGAAGCCUCCCAGCGCGGGAGCAAAGAGAUGCAGGGCGACGUAGACAGUUGGGACGACAGCAGCUCUGUGAGCAGCGGCCUGAGCGACACAUUGGACAACAUCAGUACUGAUGACUUGAACACAACUGCCUACUCCUCUGUCAGCUCAUCACGCAAAAGCAAGGGAGUGCAGUCCCAGAGAGAAAGCAGGUCCAAGCAUGCAGAGCAGGAAGUGAGUAGCAGCUGGGCCGGAGCCGAGGACCUGAAGAAGGUGGAGGAGGAGCUGGACGCAACCAUGGACCCCAGCAGCGGCUCCUCCCGCUGGAAGCCUUCCUCAUCCUCCUCUUCCUCUCAAGCCCAGGGCCAGUAUGAAGACGCCAGUCAGAAGGCCGCUGCCCUCGCCCAGAUGUCCCAGACGGGCUCGUGGAGGAGGGGCAUGACGGCCCAGGUCGGCAUCACACCACCCAGGACUAAGGGUACCUCUGCUGCCCACAAAACACCAGGCAAAACCGAUGAUGCUAAGGCCUCUGAGAAGGGCAAGGCGCCUUCCAAGAGUUCAGCUGCCAUCCAGCGCUCACCCUCAGACGCUGGGAAGAGUAGUGGAGAUGAAGGUAAGAAACCUCCCUCUGGCAUUGGACGCCCACCUACCACUGCUUCUUUUGGAUACAAGAAGAUCCCGGGUCCCAGUGGUACCCUAAUCACCUCCAGUGGUGCAACGCUCGCCAGCGGCUCAGCCACCCUGGGCAAGGCGCCCAAAUCCUCAGCUGCCCUUGGCAAAGGCACAGGCAUCGGCGGUGUGCGUAAGACCAGCCUGGACGGCUCGCAGCCCCAGGAUGACGGCAUCCUGCUCAGCUGCAGCAGCAGCUCCAAAGUGACCCUGCAGUACCGCUCUCUACCCAGACCAGCCAAAUCCUCCAGCGGGGUGGCAGCCGGGCGCAGUGGGCAUCGCUCCAGUUCCAGCAGCAUAGACUCAAACGUUAGUGGCAAGUCAGCUGGAGGGGCAGCAACACAAGCGGGUGCCAAACGCAGGGAUGGAAAAGUGGGCUCAGACCGCUCCAGUCCCAUCACCAUCAACCAGACAGACAAGGAGAAAGUGGCAGUGUCAGACCAGGACACCACAGCUGGACUAUCCACCUCUCCCAAGUCCAGCCCUACCUCCAGUUCAACAGGCCAAUCAGGCCUCAGGCAGCCCGGCUCCAAGUACCCAGAUAUUGCUUCUCCUACUUUCCGCAGAUUGUUUGGCACCAAAGCCAGCAGCAAGGCCAGCUCUCCGGGCACACCCGACUCUGGCAAGUGCCCCUCAAUACUGGGCAGCCCCCACGGCACACUGGCGAGGCAGGCCAGCCUGGACUCACCAUCCUCUGGCACUGGGAGCCUGUGCAGCGCUGGCGGCCUGAGCGGUGGCAGCAGCCCAUUGUACGGUAAAACCCCAGACCUGUGCAUUGACUCCCUGGCCUCCAGCCCGGCCUCUGGCCUCUCCCUGCCCUCCAACGCUCGCCCCUGGCCUGCAUGUAGCUCAUCAGCUGGCAGCAAGGACACUCUGAGCUGCCAAAGCAUGACCAGUCUGCACACCAGCUCUGAGUCCAUUGAUCUGCCGCUAGGCCACCACGGGCCCAAGGUUACACGAACUGGCAGUGUCAAGUCCACCCUGUCUGAGGGCAUGCCUCUUGACAGAAACACGCUUCCCAAAAAGGGACUGAGGUACCCUCCGUCCUCCCGGCCGGCGUCCCAUGAGGAAGGGAAGGAGUGGUUGAGGUCCCAUUCAACAGGGGGACUUCAGGAUACAGGCAGCCAAUCCCCACUGUCUCCUCCUGGAGCUGCCUGCACCACUACUGGAAAAUACCACUAUUCCAACCUGUUAAGCCCCACCAACAUCAGCCAGUAUAACCUUCCACCGGGCAGCAGCAGCAUGUGCCGCUCCAACAGCAUCCCUGCCCAGGACUCCUUUGAACUGUACGGAGAGGGUCACCCACUGGGUGGUAGUGCAACCUCCCUGGAGGACCGGCCACGGGCCAUCAGCCGCUCUGGCUCCUUCAGGGACAGCACUGACGAAGUCCAUGGCUCUUCAUUGUCUCUGGUCUCCAGCACGUCUUCACUGUACUCUGCGACGGAGGAGAAAGCCCACUCAGAGGGCCAAACAGUCCAAAAUUCCACGCAAAUCAGAAAGCUGCGUCGGGAGCUGGACGCCUCUCAGGAGAAGGUGGCAACCCUGACGUCUCAGCUGUCUGCCAAUGCUCACCUGGUGGCGGCCUUUGAAAAGAGCCUGAGCAACAUGACCUGCCGCCUGCAGAGCCUCACCAUGACCGCUGAACAAAAGGAGACUGAGUUGGUUGAGUUGAGGGAGACAAUAGAGACACUGAAGACCCAGAACACUGAUGCUCAGACAGCCAUCCAGGUGGCGCUCAACGGCCCUGACCACCUACACAAAGACCUGCGGAUUAGACGACAGCACUCAUCGGAAAGCAUGUCCAGCAUCAACAGCGCAGCCAGUCACUCCAGCAUGGGCAGUCUGGGCAAGGACGCAGAAGACAAAAAGAAGAAGAAGAAGAGCUGGGUGGCUGAUACCAUCCCGGCUCAGUUGCGCAGCUCCUUCAAGCAGGCGUUCAGCAAGAAGAAAACCAAAUCCCAGUCCCACGACGAGAUGGAGGAGAUGACCGACUCGCUGCCGUCCUCGCCCAAACUGCAGCAUGACAACAGGCUAGGCAGCAUCGCCACGCUGCAUUCUUCACCCUCCACCACAGACAAGUGCGUUUGCGAUAGCAAGUCCUCUCCCAUUUGGACGCCAAAGAAAAGGCAAAACGGUCAUGUGGUCUACAAGCACAGAUCUCGGCUGUGCGAAUGCACCGAGGCUGAGGCCGAAACCAUCCUCCAGCUGAAGAACGAGCUGAGGGAGAAGGAGCUUAAGUUGACGGACAUCCGCCUGGAGGCACUCAGCUCCGCCCACCACCUGGACCAGAUACGAGAAGCCAUGAACCGCAUGCAGAAUGAGAUUGAGGCGCUGAAAGCAGAGAACGAUCGCCUCAAGUCCAGCGGUAACGCAACGCCAACAGCCACGCCCGUCAAGACGGCCCGACCGCCCUCCGAGACCUCCAGUACGUCCUCAUCCUCCUCCCGUCAGUCCUUGGGGCUUUCGCUCAACAACCUCAACAUCACGGACACCAUCAUGUCAGAUAUUCUGCUAGAUGAUGGCUACGAGGGCAAUCUACGCAAAGAGGGCCGGAGUGUGCGAAUAGUGGUUGCCAUCAAUAGGGGGCCAUACAGCACCAAGGGUACACAAAGCCAUGCGUACCUGAUUGGGUCUAUAGGUGUGAGUGGGAAAACCAAGUGGGAUGUUCUGGAUGGAGUCAUCAGACGCCUCUUCAAGGAAUAUGUGUUUCGGGUGGACCCUCUGACCAGCCUGGGUCUCAGCUCAGACAGCAUUGUCUGCUACAGGAUGGGCGAUGUGGUUCGCUCCCACGCCUCCGAAGUGCCUGAGCUGCUGCCCUGCGGCUACCUGGUGGGCGACAACAAUGUCAUUAAGGUCAACGUCAAAGGUGUAAGGGAGAACAGUAUAGACAGCCUGGUGUUUGACACGCUGAUUCCAAAGCCCAUCAUCCAGCGGUACCUCAACCUGUUGAUGGAGCAUCGCCGUAUCAUCCUCUCAGGACCCAGCGGCACUGGUAAAUCCUUCAUGGCUGCCAAGCUGGCUGAGUACAUCAUUUCCCAGAUGGGGCAGCAGGUGACCGAGCACAACGUUGCCAGUUUCAACGUGGAUCAGAACUCCAGCAAGGACCUGCGUCAGUACCUUUCCACCCUGGCAGAACAGUGCAGCUCUGAGGAGACAGACACAGAGCUCCCCACUGUGGUGAUUCUAGACAACCUCCACCACAUUGGCUCCCUCAGUGACAUAUUCAACGGCUUCCUCAACUGCAAGUACCACAAAUGCCCUUAUGUUAUUGGGACCAUGAACCAGGGAGUGUCCUCCUCUCCUAACCUCGAGCUGCACCACAACUUCAGGUGGGUGCUGUGCACCAACCACACCGAGCCGGUCAAAGGUUUCCUGGGGCGCUUCUUGCGGCGGAAGCUGAUAGAGACGGAGAUCGAUAAGAACAUGCGCAGCAAUGACCUGAUUAAGAUCAUCGACUGGAUCCCCAAGACCUGGCAGCACCUCAAUGGCUUUCUGGAGGCACACAGCUCCUCCGAUGUCACCAUAGGUCCCCGUCUCUUUUUGUCGUGUCCCAUGGAUGUAGAAGGCUCUAGGGUUUGGUUCACUGACCUGUGGAAUUACUCCCUGGUGCCCUACCUGCUGGAGGCUGUCAGGGAAGGGCUGCAGCUAUACGGCAAGAGAACAGCAUGGGAGGAUCCAUCCAAGUGGGUAAGCGACACGUAUCCAUGGAAUGCCGCCUCGUUGCAGCAGGAUGGCCAGUCACUGCUCCAACUGAGGCCGGAGGACGUGGGAUACGACGGCUAUAGCUCAUCCAAGGAGGGAGCCUCAUCCAAGCAGGUGUCUCAGAGUGACACAGAGGGAGACCCACUGAUGAACAUGUUGCUACGGCUACAGGAGGCAGCUAACUACUCCAGCACACAGAGCUGCGACAGCGACAGCACCAGUCACCAUGACGACCAGCUGGACUCCUCACUGGAGUCUGCACUAUGAGACCACAAGCGUUGUUGCACUGGGAGACAGCAGACCCCUCCAACCUGGGAACCUUUGAGCCUCUGUUGCUACCAGACACCUGUAUAGUGCACAGACGUAUGGUGUAGGAAAAGUUUUGUUAUCCAAAAUGGUAAUACCCACCCUUUGACAGAAAACACAUAUUUUUUACAUUACAAUGGUGCAAUAUGAAAUCCAAUGAUUGUGUGUUUUAAAGAGCAGUAGCCAACUUCUCAGCCUCAGCGGUGAAAAUGAUAAACAGUGGUCUGACUGGGAUCCACAAAUAUAUUUGAAACAAAUCCAUUAAUAAGGUCAGCUAGUCCUUUUUUAAUGGAUGUGUAACAUUUGCAAAAACAACUUUUCAUGUAUGGCAGACAGGAUGUGUCUGACAAGGAACAGCAGUUCCUCUGAAGUUGACUUCCAAGGAGUAAAUCACAUUUGUGCUCGAACAUGAGGAACCACUGGUCAGCCCAUUAUUUAAACUUUGGGUGUCCGAAAAAAAGAGAAAGCCACGAGUUUGAACUGGAAUUUUCUUUUUUUCCUUCUUCUUUGGUUAAACCCAGAUAUAUAACUUCAGAUGUUUACAAUGGGGGUGGCAGGUUCUCUUGUUUAUGUAUUUCCUUGUUUACAGAGGUGCUUCUCACACAAACAUAUACACUCAUGCACUUACACACAGGCAGCAGGAGGACACUGUCCUUUCCUUUAAUCAGAGGCUUUGAUUGGCUUUUAAGCCCCCACGUGACCAACAAUCCAGUCUACCAAAGUGUCCUUGAGCAAGGCACUAUUUAGAGCACCCUGGGACCCUUAACUCUGACCCUAACCUAUUGAGAGAGUUAAGUAAGAGGAGGGGAGAAGAGUGUUCUUAGGUGAUGUAAUGCCCUUUGGUGGCCACAACGGAGGCUCUCUGUCUGUACACAGAUUUUCUUUCAUCACAGGUCCAUCAGAUUGAUUGUGUGCUUCAGUAAUGUCAACAACCAGCUAUUUAUCUGAACUGGCUCCUCACAAGUUACUAGAUCGGAGUGGAUUCAGAGCUGAGGGACACUAUUCCGUCUCCUUGUUUAGCACUAUAUUCACCAUAUUAGGGUGAUUUUGCCUUUUCUGAGCAUAAGGACAAUUCUGCACCUCAAUGAUGGCAUCAUAUGUGGUUAACUUGAGACAUUUGCAAAACCUUCUACAACCCAGCUAGGAUUACUGGAGUUACGUUUUCAUAACAUAACACGCACACAUAGGGCACACUACCCUUCUGCUCAGCUGUCAGUCGGGCUUCAUGGUGCUGGUCUCCUGCCCUGAGCCUCCUCAGUGUCAGGCACUGCCAAGCCGCUCCUCACUGACCUGCAUGCCAACAACAAGCACAAGAAAAGCAGAUUGGUUGUGUGUCAUUCAGCCACAUUGCUGCUGUGACACAAACUAAAUGGACAAGUGCCAAUGUUUCCCUUUGAUUUACUGCCAAAUGUCCACACAUACACACGGGACUUCACAUCACAAUGCACAGCCGAUCAUGGUUAUCAACUUAGAUUACGUUGUUCUUAGCCUUCCACGCUCUACAGCCUGUUGCCACUC